UUUAAUUAAUAUUUGCUUUGCCCUUGGGAAAGGUAAAGGAAAAAGAACAAGACCGAACCCAAAGAGGAUAUUCGGUUCACCCACACAAACACCAACGAUUCACACGUGUAGCUUCACAUGCGAGCCGCUGCGCCUUUGGGUGCCACAAUAGGCUCAAACCCAACACGAUUACGAAACGAUGCCCAGAUUCCAUCAUGUCCGUCCACGUCAUCCCCAUGGAGCUACCCAAUCGGCUUGACCCGGCUCCAUCAACGCUCCAGAUUGAUCCUUCAACGCUAAACAGAAAAGAAAAGAAAAGAAAAGAAAAUGAUAAAACCAAAGGGAAGGUGAAGGACCCUCUUCAAUUCCCUUUGAGGAAAGGCAACAAGCGGAAGCCAUGGCAGGUGGUGGAAAUAAGAGAAGAUCAAAUAAUAACAAGAAUAAGAACAGCAACAGCAACAGCAACAGCAACAGCCAAAAUAAAACGAACAGUGGCCGAGGAAGAUCCAAAUCUUCGUCUACUCGAAUCAGGAACUCUCUUUUUGUUGAGGGUGGUCUUUUAUCCGAUUGGCAGUUGGAUUCCCAAGGAAGGAAUAGAAACGGGAAUCGAAUCGGGAAUCGAAUUUCUGGGUUGGGUUCUGAUAGGGCAAAGGCUUCUACUUCAAAGAAUGGGCCAUCAACAAAGAUUGGUGGUAGUGCUAUAAGAUAUGAGUACCCUUCUCUCGAUCUUCAAGAUCCAGAAUCAGAUAUUCUGGCCAAUAAGGGAGAUAAUAAAAAGGAUGAGAUGCAUCCUAUUAUUUUGCUUUCAAAGGAGAGCCAAAUCGUUGCUUACAUGGACCAAACCACACCUUCGAAGCCUAGUCUUGUAAAUUAUACUUAUGGAUAUGGUUCAGAUUUUGUACUAGGUGAUAAAUCACACAGAGGAUUAGGUUUUGAUGAUGAAUCUGAGGCAACCCCCAGUGGAAUUGAGUCAUGCUCAAAGAAAAUGGAAGAACAAGAAGGAGCAUGUUCUAAUUUAUCAUCCUCUGAGACAGAAGCUGAUGCUGGUCAUGAUGAUGAUAAUAAUAAUAGUAGCAAGGUUGAUGCUGGUGUGGCUGAAGAGUUGAUUUUUAAUGAAUUAUCCCCAAAGAAAAAUGCAGGGUUUUUGUCAAUUGGAGGUGUGAAAUUGUAUACUCAAGAUAUGUCUGAUGCAGAAACUGAUGAGGACUAUGAUGGAAACUCACUAGGUGAUGAAAGCUCUGGAACAACUGAUCAAGAGGAACAAGAUGGAGUAUAUGAGAGUGAUGACUCUGUAGUUUCUUCAGAUGAUGAUUCAGAUAUUGAUGAAGAGGUUGCAGAAGAUUACUUAGAAGGAAUUGGUGGUGAGGGUAGUGUUUUGGAUACCAAGUGGUUGGUAGGUCAGGUUUUGAAUGAUUCUGAUGAUGAUAGUUCUUCUAAUACUUCUUUUGAUGACACAUUAGAGAAGCUGGGUGGGAUUGCUCUCCAAGAUGCGUCUAUGGAAUAUGGCAUGCAGAAGAAUCAGUCUAGAAAUAAAUACUCUGGAGGCGCUAAAGAUGCUUUGUCACCGGCCUUGGAUGAUCUUAUGCUAGUAAAGGAUCCAAGAACCAAGUCUGCUAAAAAGAAACAUGUUGCCAAGUUGCCUCAGUCUUGGCCUUUACUGGAACAAAAGAGCAAGAAUUCCCGAAAAUUUCCUGGUGAAAAGAAGAAACAUCGCAAGGAAAUGAUUGCUGUGAAGCGCCGUGAAAGAAUGCUUCGUCGAGGUGUUGAUCUUGAGAAAAUUAAUUCGAAAUUAGAGCAGAUUGUUUUAGAUCAGGUCGAUAUGUUUGCUUUUCAGCCAAUGCAUCCUCGGGAUUGUUCACAGGUAAGAAGAUUAGCUGCAAUUUACCGUUUGUCGAGCGGAUGCCAGGGUUCUGGAAAGAAAAGGUUUGUGACAGUAACACGGACACAAUACACUUCCAUGCCGUCUUCCAGUGACAAACUUCGCCUGGAAAAGCUAAUUGGAGCUGGUGACGAGGAUGCAGACUUCCCUGUUAAUGAGGGGUUUAAUAUAAAGGCAUUGGAUUCAGGCAGAGCAAGAGCACAGAAGGUUGCUAAAGGGAGUGGCUUAAAGAAAGCCGGUUCUAGUAACAUUGGUGAAUCAGGUGAGAAACGACGAAGUGGGAAAAAGGUUUCCUAUGCAAGUCAACCUGUCUCAUUUAUAUCGAGUGGCGUCAUGGUAUCUGAAACUGAUGAGAUCAGAACUACGGAUCCUGAGGGCACAUCAGAAAGUUACGAACACAAAGAUAUCAUCAGAUCAGCACAGUUUGGUGCAUUCGAGGUACAUACAAAGGGUUUUGGAUCCAAAAUGAUGGCGAAAAUGGGAUUUGUUGAAGGUGGAGGGUUAGGAAAAGAUGGUCAAGGUAUGGCACAGCCUAUUGAAGUCAUACAGCGGCCUAAAUCCCUUGGGUUGGGUGUGAAUUUCACCAGCACAAGCAGUGACUCGGAUAGGGUACAUCAUAAAUCCGGCGGAGCUUCUGAAAAUCGUAGCAAACGUUUUGGUGACUCAUCGAAGGAUCAGCAUAAAUCUUUUGGAGCCUUUGAAAAGCAUACCAAAGGUUUUGGAUCCAAAAUGAUGGCUAAGAUGGGUUUUGUUGAAGGUAUGGGGUUAGGCAAGGAUUCACAAGGCAUUGUUAAUCCUUUGGUCGCUUCUAGGCUCCCAAAAUCACGAGGAUUAGGUGCUAAUCAUUAAAUGCCAUGCAUAAAAAAUGAAUAUAAAAAAGGCAGCCUUCAAAUAGAACUGUUUCUCGGGUUAGUUCAAUGCAUUUGUAGUUAUUUUUUAUUUAGCAAAUCAUAACAUUUACCUCACUAACUUUUAUGGUACGUUUAAAAGUAAUAAAAGCUUCAUCCAUUUGGAUUCUUCCUGAUUUAUCAUGUAUUUCAUUAGCCAUUGGAAGCUUUCUAGUGUUGUUCAUUGAGGGAAAACCCCAUGAGUUGUUGUUAACUUUCUAGGAUGGAGACAUGGUGGCAAAAACAUGAAAUGACUUCUAUAUGCAAUAGGAAGCCCUUCAAGGCUUACUUUAGGCAUGGUUUGUGAGAUGUGGGAGAUUUAAACAGCUCUAUUUCUGAGUGAUUUUCCAUGUGACAGAAAAUGUGAAAAUCGUUGUUGCUGUUUCAUUCACAUAA